AUGUCCGGAGUGGAAGCAGCCGGUCUUGUCCUGGGCGCCAUUCCUCUCAUCAUUUCCGCCCUCGAACACUGUGAGGAUGUCGCCGCUCCCACAAUUGCGUUCCUGCAUUGGAAGCGAUAUCUGGGACGGUUGGUCCGGGAGCUCUACACGAUCCGUGUCUCUUACGACCAAGCCAUCCGCCUCCUCCUGGCUCCUUUGGCUGACCUCGCCGACCAAACCACGAUGAUGGAGGAUCCGCAAAGCCCAUUGUGGAGGGAGGGAGACAUCGCCGACGAACUACGAGAUAGAUUGGGUCCAGUAUAUCACCCAUUCAUCCUCACCAUUGAUGAAGUAACAGAGAUCCUGGUCGAGAUAGCCUCUUCUCUCAAUAUCCCUGGGUCCCAGCAGGUUGUCACAAGUCAGACCCUCCUUCCAGUCGUCGCUUCCAAUUUGCCGACCGCAAACACUUCUAACAUUCGUAACAACUUUGAUUUCAGACAGAGGAUCAAGUUCACGAUGAAGAAGAACCGAGCCAAAACCUCACUAGACCGCCUGGAGGCUUGUACGAGGAGAAUCGAUGCCUGGGUCGCAAGAGCCGACAAGCUGCAGGAGGAAACUCCACAGAGUCGUCUGAAGCUGAAAUUUUCUGCGUCGCUGGGUACUAUCCAAGAGAACGCGAGCAAGAUAUAUGGUGCAAUUUCACGAAAUUGGUGCACCGACAAGCCUAUCCAUGUUGCUCGCCUACUGCUCGAGCAACGGCUGCUGAGGUCCAAGAAGCGGAAGAGGCCCUCGCAAUCAGCCGGUGUGAGCUCGGUGGCACAGGCAACUUGCUUUGGGUUGAGUCUCUAUGGGGAUUGCUGCGCGCCCUCUGGGUGGUUGAACUCGGAAAUCAGGAUCGACGAAGUUCUGCCAAGCACGACGACCGUUCGCGUGACGAUAUCGGUCCCAGGGACUGCCGCCGACAACACUGCAAGUCUGCAAGGCAUCACAAACUUUUGCAAAAUCAUCAAGGAACCCAUUCAUCCCUUUGUGGGGUUCUCCCUUGAUGAUAUGGGAUGUUUGAAGUCGUACUCGUUGAAGAUGGGCGCCGAACAUGUUCCAAACUCUCUGACUCUUGAGGAGCUCCUCCCACAUUUUGGGCGCAGACUCCCGACCGAGCAGGUGUACGGACUGGCCAUCACCUUGGUUGCCUCGAUUUUGCAACUCAGUCAGACUCCAUGGCUGGAAUCGAAGUGGAGCAAGAAGUGCAUCUUGUUUUCAAGGGCCAACAACAACCUGCCGUGGACUGUGGACCUCAAAUAUCCCUAUCUAGCCAACUCUUUUCAUUGUGUUGGACAUCAAGCACCCAAUGGCCCACCUGUCACCCACGGCUGUUCGAAUUUGCUUACCUUGGCGAUUAUGCUGCUUGAGAUCAAUUCAGGGCAGCCGGUCGAGCAGAGACGUCAAGAUAGUCAAAAGGCCAACACCCCGUCCGACGAUCAGUCGGACCUCCAGCUAGCGAGCAAAUGGCUCAAGGAGGAAAAGUCUCAUGGGAGGAUAUCCUGCGGGUUCUUCCAGGCCAUACUGACGUGCUUACAAGACUACCUCAACCCUGACGCCAGUUUCGCGGACGAGGGAUACUGCGCUGCUUUCAAAGAGAAGGCUCUAGUGCCACUCGAAGAGGAAAUGGAGAUCCUCCUUUACGGACUUCCCAGGUAA